AUGAAGUCCAUGACUUCCGAAGCCCUCUUGGCAUGUCUGAGCCAGGAGGGGAUACCAGCUGCGCAGGAGCUGCAGGAGCUGCAGCUGCAGCUGGAGGACGCGCGGCAGUUCCAAGCGGCAUCGCGGGAAGCACUCAAGGACGCAGCCGUGUUUGGCCGGACCAACCAGGGUAGGCAAACCUAUCAGACGAUUCUCACUGCCUGUGCCUACGAUGGGGAUGAGGGGACGCAAGCGUUGCCAAGCUACCGGAAGGCCGAGAUACUCGGCGUUGACCCGGCUGAAUUUUCGCGUGCGCGGCAGCGGGUGAAGUCGCUGCAGCCCCACCUCCCUCCUGCAGCAGCGCUGGAGGCUGGAGCGUACUGGUACCGCUCCCGACGUAAGAGGAGCGACGCCACCCCGCCCGAGCUGGUAGAGCUCAUGAAGGAUUUCUGGCACAACGAUGCGGUAUCGCGCCUCACGGGAAACUCCGCUCACAUCUUCCGGGAGUCCAAGAGUCCAACUGCACGCACACACCCUCGCCGGCAGCUCAUGGUACAGGGAGGGGGGGAGACGGUGUUCAAAAAGUUUCUAGAGUCACCAGAGUUCGACAACUUCAAGCGUAUCUGGAGGUCAGACAAGGGUGAGGACAUCAAGGAUCCCGGGCGCACCCGGUUUCUCUCGACGCGGUGCAAGUGCUUGACAGCUCCGAAGACAGACCAGUGCGCGUGCAAGAUACACACGCAGCAAACCUUCUACCUGGAGGCGCUGGAGAAUAUGACACUUGUGGACCGCCCUGUAUGCGAUUGCCGAUGGUGUAGCGCCGAGGACGGCGACGCGAUAUGGAAGGGACACUGGCGGCACUUAGGGACUUUCUCGGACGCCCUGGCUUGCCCAAAGGUGGACCUUCGAGCGGGGGACCCGGAGGAAGACAGCGAGGUCAUGGGACGGAAGCCGGAGUGUGCUUCCUCCGACUGUAAUGUCUGUGGGUUCGGGAAGGAGGGGGGCAUUCCGUUCUGUAAGGUGCUGGAGACGUCGAAGCAGUUAGUGAAGUGGAAGCACUACGGUGACCUGGAGAGGCCCGGGAAGACAACGCUAAGGGACCAAGUGUUGGAGAAGGAGGGCAAGCUCUGCGACCUGUGGGCGGACUUCAAAAAGCACAGCAAGGUGUACAUGGCGCAUCACUCAAAGGCCAAGUGGCAGAGAAACUGCCACAACACCUGCCUACGAACGUUUCAGGACGGCGACAUAGUCAUCGAGACGGACUUCAUCGAAAAGUACACCCAUGAACCCCAAAAAGUUCUAACCUGCGCGAGACACGAUACCACUACCCUCAUGGUCGCCAUCGUACACUUCUGCCCACAAGAAUGGGAGGGCGGCGGCAGGGUCCACCUGAGCGAGACAUGGGUUUUUGCUUCCGCGGACCCUGCCCACGACUUCGACUUCCAUCUCCAUGCCCUCAAGCAGAUAGCUGACUACUACUUGGAUGGUGAGGGGUCUGCAGCUACUGCAUGUGCGAGGGAGGACAACCGGGUUCCGCGAAUGCUCAUGUUCACGGACGGCUGCGCCAAACAGUACAAGGGCAGGCGCAACUUUCGCUUUUUGUCCAACAGUGUGCGGGAGCUCGGCUUUGUCGUGGAGCACCACUUCGCGGCAACCUCUCACUUCAAAGGUUGCCACGACGGCAUCGGCGGCGUUGUGAAGAAUGCCAUGAAGAAAUCGGAGCAGCUCGGCAAGCCGAUCACCGGCGCUAAGGGUGUGGUGGAGUUUGUGGAUAACUAUUUUGCCGACAUCAGCAAGAAGAGCCUCUCCGAAUACUUCGCUAGAUGGUCAGCGUACCGUAUCCGACGCGUGCACACCAAGCUCAUUGGACCAACCGCGAUCUACAGACCAAAGCGGGAUCUUGUGGGCAUCACCGGUACUCGAGAUAACUACGUCUUCAUUGGGGCCAACACGCCCACAUUAGACGCAUCCACCGCUACCAGACUUGGGAGAAUGGCCGACGUUCCGGACGUCGUCAAGAGGGACUUGUCGUUGGCAACGGGAGUGGACGAAGGGGUGGUGAACGGGACGGGGCUCACAGUCGUGGCGAUAAAGGAGUAUGUACCAUGGAGCGCUGCUUGGGAGGAAAAGCAUGGGGGGGGAGUGGAGACCGAUAGAGGUGGGGAGGAGGCUUCAGAAGACGAGGGGGAGGAUAGGGAUGGGGGGAGGCGAACCAGUCGGAAGCGGACGAGAAGCCAGAUGCUCGUGCGCUCGGGUGAGGCUGAGGAAGAGGAGGAGGAGGAGGAGCAGGAGGAGGAGCAGGAGGAACACGAUGCGGGGGCGGGGGCCGGGGCGGGGGGGCGCAGGCGUUCGGGUCGCACGCGGGUGAAGAACGGGACGCUGAGGGAUCAGGGAUGGGACGAGUCGUCGUCCAGCGAGGAAGACACCUCUGAAUUCACGGGGGGGUUGGUGGGGGUGUGCAGGCGUUCGGGUCGCAGGCGGGUGAAGAACGUGACGCUCAAGGAUCAGGGAUGGGAUCAGUCUUCCUCCUCCCAGU